AUGGUGAACGGCGUUGUACUUGGCGGAUUUGGAGGUCAUUGCGAUCUGUUCAAUUAUACUGGCAUGGUCGUCGCAGUGAGCACGACGCCAGGAGUUGGCGUUACCUCGAUCUUUGCAAUGGAAUCUAGCCCAGGUGCUCCUCCAGUUCAGAGCGAUAUCUUGGUAGAGAAGGGAGGGAAAGCUGGUAUCUGGCAAGGCGGUAUGGGCUUGGCUGUUGACGGAAAUCGUAUUUUCCUGGCAACAGGAAAUGGUCAAGGCCAUGCCAACGGCGAUGUGGGAGCGUCUGGCCGAACUCCACUUUCAACUCUGGAUGAAGUAGUUGGCAGCUUCAGUGUUUCGGCACAGGGAAAGAUUACUCUGAACGAUUAUUUUGAGCCUUACGAGUAUAUAUCUAUGGAUGCAGGAGAUCGUGAUCUUGGAUCAUCUGGUGUCACAUUACUUGAUCCUACAGUAUUCAAAGGAACUGGCGUUUCGCGAAUGGCUGUGACGCUGGGCAAGAACUCGAAAGCUUAUAUCAUGAAUGCCAAUAAUCUAGGAGGAUUCAAGCAAGGACCAGGAGGGACCGACAACGUGAUUCAGACCAUUACUGCUCAGGGAACUGUGUUUGCUGGUGUUGGCUCGUACCCGCUAGAGGGUGGCUACAUUUACUUCACACCGACCGGUGGAGCAACUGUAUGUUACAAGAUGGGCUUGGAUUCUAAGGGGGCUCCUUCGUUCACCCUUGUCGGUCAGUCAAAUGGUCCGGCAGCUGGUCGAGUUGGCGUUGGUAUCCCCACGACAACCAGUUACAAGGGACAAGUAGGCACAGGGAUUCUUUGGAUCUCCGACCCAAGUCUUGGACUCCAAGCUUUCAACGCUAUUCCUGUCAAUGGGGUUCUGCAGCCAAUUCCCAUUCCAGCGACUGGAGGCCUAAACAAAUUCCAAAGACCGGCAUUCGGAGAUGGCCGUCUUUACACCACCGAUAACAAUGGGAACGUCAUAUGCUUGGGUUCGCCUGUUGCUCUACCCCUCAAUUGUACAGAUCCAAUUGAUUUUGGAGAUGUCAUGAUAGGCACGAAUGCUACUCGAACUGUCGAUUGCAAAGCACUGAUCCCUAUCACGAAGAUCCAUGGCUGCACAACCGGAAACUCAAACUGGAAAUGUGACAACUCGACACUGCCUCAGGGACCAUUACUGAAAGACGCGACCUUUUCGUUCCCAGUCACUUGGGACUUGACUCGAGCUAUUGUCCAGGAUGUACCACAGGCAUCCUUCGGAAAGGUUAUUCCCGGUGUGGAAAGUACUAGUCUGAACAUCUUGACGACAAAUGGAGUUCCAAAAUACAGCACUGUCCUUCCAGUGUCUCUGACAGGAAGAGUCGUAUCCCAAAAUGCAUUUAUGACUAUCACGCCUACAGAGAUCGAUCUUGGUGGUGUUGUCCUCGGUUCUGCGGGUGCUCCGUCAGGACUUACAGCAUCGUUCAUCCUUUCCAACGUUGGAGCUCAACCCCUCAGCAUUGUAGGGACUGCUUGGUCAAACACCAUAAACGGUGCAGUUCAAUGGACUAACAUCACGAACGGUAAUCUUGGCAAUGGGUUUUUGUCAGCGCAGUUUCCGAAGGCUGGGGAUACCAUCGAGACAGGCGGAUCGCUAACCGUUUCAGUCAAGUUCAUGGCGAGUGCGACAGGAACGUAUACCUCCUUCGUAGAAUUCUGGAUGACAGGCGGCGCGGAAUACAUUAUCCUUUCAGGCUCCGCAUCAACUGCUCCAAUCGCGAAUAUCUCUGUGUCAACACUCGAGGGUGGCUGGGAUUUCACUGAGCCUCUGAUCAUGGACUUCGGCAAUGUUCUUGAUGGAACUACCCAGUCAAAGUAUAUCCGUAUAUGCAACGAAGGCGGUUCGGCACUUCAGAUUACCAAGAGCAAACCUCCGGUCGGCACAGAGCUACUUGCUCCAAAUUCUCUGGUGGAUUUGCACGAGGGGCAGUUCAUCGACGUCAAUAACUGCGCAGAAGGCCAAGUCUCAAUCGUUGCUGCACCGCUUGGUGUCAACCGUUUGGAUCACGGUGUUUUUGAUGUGUGGAUCUUGAAUACUGAGAAAGCUCAUAUUUUCGUUGGCCUGGCAGGUCAACUCUGCUAA